GAUAUCUAAAUUUUCUUCUUCCCUCCUGUCUGUGCCCAAACCAUUAAGAAGGCAAGCAAUAUGACAUCAAUUAUACAUGUGAAGUCAUGCAAAGCAUAUUUCCACAUGUCAUUUAGAAAAAAAAGGCAAUAAAAAGCUAGAAAUAUAAAGAUAGCAAAAAAAAAAAAAAGCUUCUGUCUAUGCUCAAGAGUUCCUCAGAUCUCUCUCCAGAGGGAGAUAGCAUUUUUAAUCAGGUUUCCUUUGGAAUUGUCUUAGAUCACUGUAUUAAUCCAAAUAGCUAAGUCUUUCACAGCUGGUCAAUAUUGCUAUUACAACAUUGCAAUUACAAUAUUAUAAUAUUGUUUCUAUAUUGCUCUUACUGUGUACAGUGUUCUCCUAGUUCUACUCAUUUCACUUUGCAUCAGUUUGUUUAAGUUUUCCCAGGCUUUUCUGAGAUCAUCCGAUUGGUUAUUCCUUAUAGCACAAUAGUAUUCCAUCACAAUCACAUACCACAAUUUAUACAAUCAUUCCCUAAUUAAUAAGCUUUCCCUUAAUUUCCUAUUCUUUGCCACCACAAAUAGAAUGACUAUAAAUAUUUUUGUACAUAAAGGUCUUUUUCAAGGGGGCUUGUGGUUUAAUUGAAUAGACAAUGUGCAAACAACUAUAUACAUAUUAUAUGUUAUUUAUACACAUACAUAUAUAAAUGUAUACAACCAAAGGUAAUCCCUGAGGGAAGGAAUUAAUAGGUGCCCCAUUCCCACACCCACCUCUCCUUGAAUGGACUCCUGUGGAAGUAGGAUAUAAGCACAGUCUUUAUGAUCUUCCAUUUCAAGAUGUCCUUAUAGGAAUACUCAACUCUACUUGAAGCUCCUACUCUACUUUCUUCAGGGGAUUCCAUCCCCUAUUGAGCUUCUACCCAUUGUCCAGUCCUGCCCUUUGAGAUCCAUUCCUUUCCCACAUAAUAGCCUUCCCAAUCAUUGAAGAGUUAUCAAAUUCUCUGAGUUAAACACUCCCAAUUCCUUGAAUUGAUCCUAGCAUAGACUUUAGUCCUCUUACACUCUUAGUCAUCCAUCUCUGCUUAUGUACUUUAGUUUGUCGGUAUCCUUCCUAGAACAUGCUCAGCCUAGUCCCCUAGAAAUUUGCAAUAGCCUUUGCAGGAACCUUCCAGUCCUCAAUCACACCUAUUCCAGGAGGGCCACUGACUCCCUCUGGCUGGCAGAGGAUAAAGGAUGUCAGUGAUCCAUGGGUUACUGUGACAGACAUAACACAAAGGAAAUGGUCGAUUACCUUUGAAUAACUAGGUCUGAGAGGCCCCAGAUCUUUUCCUGCUUUUGUCAUCAGACUCUGUUUGACUUUCUUUUGUCUUCUGAGGGCUUCAUCUGCUUUUGUUGAUUUCAAGAGGAAAUUGUGUGGCUGGCCCAGGAAUUCAGAGGGCACACCUUCCCUCAGGGCUGGUCAUAUCUCCAGGAUGUUGGGCCCUGGGCUGGAGGCUAGGAUCCUGCUACUCCCUCUCUGUCCUAAUGAAGAACCCAAAGAUGGAGGCUUUGUCAAAAUGCACCCCUUUUCCUUUCCUUUGGUAUAUUACAGUGUGAAAGAGCUCAGGAAAUAGCGAGCUCCCUAUCAUGGGAGAUUUCAUGACCACCUAUGAGUGCAUUAUAGUGGGAUUUCCUUCUCUGCUAUGGGUUGGAUGGACCAAAUGCCCUUGGUAGUUUCUUGAAGCUUUGGGCUGCUUUGAUUCUAAGAUCUUUGAACUUUAAAUUGGAAAAUCUGACUCAACUACUUAUUAAUUGUAUGAUUUUGAGUAAUUCACUCUUUCCACUAGGCUGUUUAUUCUUUUGUAUAAUAGUCUGUCAGUUAAUCAGUAAACAUUUAUUGAGUACCUACUAUGUGCUAAAUGCUGGAUGGUAGCAUUUUCUUUCCAUUCCUUUCAGGAUAGGUAAGGGUCAGCUGAGAUAGUUGAUAUAAAGUGCUUUGAUAUAACAAAAUACUUUUAAAAAUUGGGCAAUCAAUUCCCCCCUUCUCCCCUAAAGUCUGGCAUGGGACUUUCUCUCUGGCCUUAAAUCUGGGGAAAUCUGGAGUAUGGCGUUCUAUGGGGGAAAGAUUGGUUGCCAGUAGAUGUGGGUUCUCAUUAUGGUUUGUUGUAUUACCUUGGACAAAUAAAUCACUUCCCCUACUGUACAGUGAGGAAGAUGGAUUAAGUAGAAUCGAUUAUAGCUGUGAUGUUCUAUGAUACCCUGACAUACUCUUUUACUCAGUGGCACAGGUGGGGCUCAACUCUUUCCAGGAUGCCUUGAAGAUGCAACUCACUGAUUUCCUUUACUAUCAAAGAGGUCACCUCCAACGGAUCCCGGUCUUUAUGCUUGAGAAUGAUAUUUCCCACUUGUCCCUGAAACUUAUACCUAAUUAUGGGAUUCACCUGUCAACUUCUGGCCAUGUGGGAAUGACCUUUUUUUUAGAGAGGAAUCUCCAGAAACUAAGAGUGGGUAUUACCACUGAAGCAGAUAUAGUCAUUUCUCAAGCCGCCAUAGGAACACUUGUUCUGGGUAUUUCUCUCUGCAACACCACGAUUGAGGAAGUCAACCUUACCUACAGUGAAGAUGGGUCAAAAGAAAUAUGGAACUCUAUUCAUGGAUAUAUUAAGGCUAUCUUACCUCAUAAGCCAUGUUCGAAGCUCUCUUUCCUGGUUGAAGGACUGAAUGUUUAUAUGGGUACCCUGAUAGGUCUCCGCACUAUUGGCCCUGAAUCCCAGAUCAGCUAUUCUUUGACCCACCCACCCACCAUCACCAAAGACUAUAUAUCCCUGGCUAUCAAGGCCACCUUCGUCCUGUUGGGCAAGCCGAUUGUUUUCCCUCCACCUCCGUCCUCCUUCUCCCUGCCUCAACAAGUGGGCUCUAGUACUGCCAUGAUUAACUUUGGACUUUCACAAGGUCUAUUUGACUCAAUCCACUUCCUCAUGCAGAAGUCUGGGUCCAUUAAUUUAGACAUCACAGGCCAGUUGAACUCUAAAAAUAAUCAGCUGACCACAUCAGUACUGGGGAACCUGAUUCCUGAGGUCCUCCGUCAAUUCCCGAAUUCCAUGCCCUUAGUGUUAAAGGCCCGGGUCAAUGCUGAGCCCAUCGUCACAAUCCACAACAACCAAACAUCCUUGUGGAUCCAGUACCUUCUGGAUGUCUUGGCUGUCUCCUCCAACUCGGCCUUCAAGUCUCUCUUCUCUCUGGAUAUGGCUGUGGAUCUGGCGCUCAACAUUUUUAUGUCUGGAGGGAAGCUGCAGGCUAAUGCAUCUCUUCAGAAGGACAUCGAGUUCAAUGUGACCUCCUCCAAUGUGGGCGUUUUUGAUCUGUUGGGGGUGAAACCUUUACUGAGAUCUGCGGUCAAAGAACCUCUGACAGAGCACCUAAAUGCACUCUUUGGCUUGGGAGUUACUCUUCCCACCAUUGCUAAAGCAAAUUUCAUCUCCCCUCAAGUCUUUGUGUAUGAGGGUUAUAUCGUGGUGUCCUGUGGACUUCAUUUCCAGGAUUGAUCACAGAGAAGAACAUGCAGUUACGAGAGGCUGCUGAGCAGGACAAGCUGUGCUUAGCUGGACUUCUCUUGUUUGGCUGUUCUAUAUAUUGGAUGAAUAUCAAACCCAAUAUUUCUUUAAUGCUCUGAAACUUGUUUUAAUUUUUCUCAGCUAUAUAGUUGUAGGGUUAACACUGGCCUGAAUUUUUUCCUUUUUUUCUGUGAUCUCCUCUGGAGGAGGACCACAUAGCCAGAUGGACUGUAAGGAUGCUCCUACCUCUUCCCCAUCCUGUAGUAAAUAAUUCCUCUAGUGUACCAAUUUCCAGGCCCGGUCCACUGAGGUCUUAAUGUCUUGAGAUCAAUUGUCAUGAACGUUUCUUCUUCUGGGAUCACAUUGCCCAAUGCAUUUUUGAUUCUUUGGCUGAGUCAUGAAGUAGCAGCAAUGUCUUUUUAGCAGCCUUGGUAUACGUAGAACCAUCCUAGAUACACUGGCAAUGUGAAAGAAACAGAAAACCCAAGACCCAUUGAUGAAAAUGGGCAAAAAGGUGAUUGUCUUUGGGGGCCCAUCAAGACGUCUUCUCUUUAGGAAGAAAUUGUGUAAGGGACUGAAUUUAAGGUUCAAAGAAUGGAACCUGGAGAAAGGGACACCAGAGGGAAGGGGGGUGGCAUGAGCAAUGACCUUAAGUACUUGAAGGACUGUCAGCAGUGAGAUAUGGAAGUUAAAAAAGCCAAUAUCCUCUGAGGCUGCAUUGAACGUAUCUAUAGUGUUGGAGGUAUGUUUGCCUGCCGUCUGUCCUAGUCAGAAUCUGAUCCCUAGUCUUAUGCUCCAUUCUGGAUGCCACAUUUUAGGAAGAACAUUGAUAAUUUCAAGAACUUUCAGAGGAGGAUAACCAGGGUGAGGAAUGACCUUGAGAUCAAACCACAGAAUGACACAUUGAAGGGCUUUGGGUCAUUUAGGCUAGAAAAGAGAAGUUUCAGGGUGAUUAUAAGAGAGAUGUCAAGAAUUCGAAGAGCUGCUAUAUAGAAACCCUGUUCUACUUGUCCCCCAGAAGCAGACCUAGGAGUGAUGGAUAGAACUGGCAGAAGCAGAUUUUUGAUUCACUCAACUUAGUUAAAGCAGAUCUAUCUAAGAUGGGCAUAGCCAGCCUUGGGAAGUCUUCAAGGAUAGGCUGAAUGACUACUCACCAAGAAUGUUGCAGAGGAGAGUCUGUGAUAUUAAGAUGGUUAGAGCAAGAGGAAGCAAGAAGCAAAGGAAGACUCCUGGCUACCAGGAUAUGGGCUAUUGAAUUUAUUUUAGAAGAUGUUACUCAUUCAUGCCUGAAAUAAUUCAUUCUUUAAUAAUAAAAUGAUUAUCAUAGCAGUCAUAAUGUAGUUGGACUCAAUAAAUAUAAAAUUCAUAAUGUUCACAAAGUCAAGAAAGAGACUAAAGGCUUUGACUUUAAAUCUGGAAGACACAUUGGAUCCAUGGAUGAAGGCAGUACUCACAAAUACCUUGAUUUUUUUCAGAUAAAAGUCAAUUAAAGCCUAAAACUAUCAAAGAGAAAUCUGUGGCUGAACAUGCUGAGACUUAUUGGCAUCCUGAAAUCAAUGUUAAAUGGAAAAAAACGUGUAAAACAAUGAAUAUCUAAGUAAUAUCAUCUACAAUGUACCUAUUUGGAAUUGUAAAACUAUAAAACAGCCCAAGAUCUGUGAGUUAACCCUUUUAGAAUUAGGGGGAGGAAAAUGAGGCUUACUGGUCCCCAGGGGGUUAGAGCCUAUCUGUUUGGCUUCAUGAGCCUUGUGCGCUAACUAACCACAGAGGAAAGAAGUCUGGGUAAUUAGACUAACGGGGAUGAAAUGCUCCAAAUUAGGGUGUCACCUGAACCUUGACCUAUGGUUCCUAUUCUGUCUUUUCUUGGAAUGACUCAAUUGAAGAUGCUAUAGAGGAGCCUCCCGCUUUAAGUAAUAAAUGGAAUGUAAUAGAUGAUUAUAUUCCAGUCUAGAAUACUAAGAUUAUAGUGGGGCAGUGAGGAAUUGAGCCUAGGUCAUUGAAUUUCCCACUCAAAUUUCUUUUUCUAACUACCAGUUUCCCAGAAAAGCUUUGGUUAUUAUUUGUAGAAAGUUUAAACUUGUGGAACUUAUUUAUUUCAGUUUGCUAUCUGCCUCCCAAGAAAGAACUGAUGGACUCUCAAUGCAUAUUGAAGCAUAUUUUUUAAAACUUCAUUUUUCUUGGA